GAGGCGGGCGUCAAGUGUCAGUAGUCGCGGGGCAGGUACGCGCUCUCUUAGGUUGCUGGUGGAGCUUGGGGGUGGCGGGCGCGGGUUCCGGCGAGAGGGCGAGCGAGCGCUGGGGCGGGGCGGGAGAAAGUGGCUGCCCGAGGACCUCGGCGGUGACGCGUGGCCGAGCCCAGGAGCCCCGAUCUCCGUGCCCGCCUUCGUGAGCGUCUGGCUGCCGGCCCAGGGGUCCCCCGCCGCGGCCCCGCGCCGAGUCCGCCGUCCCGUGCCAGCCCGAGCGAGGUGGGAUCGCGAUCGCUCCGUGUCCCGCUCCCGUAAUCCCCAGACCGUCCAUGCCCACGCGGGUGCUGACGAUGAGCGCCCGCCUGGGACCACUGCCCCAGCCGCCGGCCGCGCAGGACGAACCCGUGUUCGCGCAGCUCAAGCCGGUGCUGGGCGCUGCGAACCCGGCCCGCGACGCGGCGCUCUUCUCCGGAGAAGAUCUGAAACACGCGCACCACCACCCGCCUGCGCCGCCGCCAGCCGCUGGCCCGCGACUGCCCUCGGAGGAGCUGGUUCAGACAAGAUGUGAAAUGGAGAAGUAUCUGACCCCUCAGCUUCCUCCAGUUUCGAUAAUCUCAGAGCAUAAGAAGUAUAGACGAGACAGUGCCUCGGUGGUAGACCAGUUCUUCACUGACACUGAAGGCAUACCUUACAGCAUCAACAUGAAUGUCUUCUUUCCUGACCUCACUCACCUGAGAACUGGCCUCUACAAAUCCCAGAGACCGUGCGUGACACAGAUCAAGACCGAACCUGUUACCAUUUUCAGCCACCAGAGCGAGUCGACCGCCCCUCCUCCGGCCCCCACCCAGGCUCUCCCCGAGUUCACGAGUAUCUUCAGCUCCCACCAGACCACAGCGCCACCGCCGGAGGUGAACAAUAUCUUCGUCAAACAAGAACUUCCUAUACCAGAUCUUCAUCUCUCUGUCCCUUCCCAGCAGGGCCACCUGUACCAGCUAUUGAAUACACCGGAUCUAGACAUGCCCAGUUCGACAAACCAGACGGCAGUAAUGGACACCCUUAAUGUUUCUAUGGCAGGCCUUAACGCACACCCCUCUGCACACCCCUCUGCUGUUCCGCAGACAUCAAUGAAACAGUUCCAGGGCAUGCCCCCUUGCACGUACACCAUGCCAAGUCAGUUUCUUCCACAGCAGGCCACCUACUUUCCCCCGUCACCACCGAGCUCAGAGCCUGGAAGUCCUGAUAGACAAGCUGAGAUGCUCCAGAAUCUAACGCCACCUCCGUCCUAUGCCGCUACAAUUGCUUCAAAACUGGCCAUUCACAACCCAAAUUUACCUGCCACUCUGCCAGUUAAUUCGCCAGCUAUCCCACCUGUCAGAUACAACAGGAGGAGUAACCCGGAUCUGGAGAAGCGACGCAUCCACUUCUGCGAUUAUAAUGGUUGCACAAAAGUUUAUACAAAGUCGUCUCAUUUAAAAGCUCACCUGAGGACUCAUACGGGCGAGAAGCCCUACAAGUGCACCUGGGAGGGCUGCGACUGGAGGUUUGCCCGGUCGGACGAGCUGACCCGCCACUACAGGAAGCACACGGGCGCCAAGCCAUUCCAGUGCAUGGUGUGCCAACGCAGCUUCUCCCGCUCCGACCACCUCGCGCUGCACAUGAAGCGCCACCAGAACUGAGCGAGCAAGCGAGCGCUGCGCCCACCCGCUCGACGCCUCGCGGUCCGCUCUGCCAUCCUUUAAACCGCAGACCUAACUUCAUAAAAAAAAGAAAAAAAAAAGAAAAAAAGAAAUCAAAGGAACUGGAAAUGUAUAUUUUGUACAUUUGAGGCCACAGGGAAUACAUUGUAUCAAUACCAAAGUGUUUGGUCAUUUUGAGAAGCUGGAAGCUUUGAUGUCGUGCUUAACCACUAGCUUUAUCCCAGCAAACUUCCUCUCCAGACAGGCAGGCGCAUCUCAGCAUGGGGAACCGGUGGGGGUGCACGGGGUGCGUAUGCUGCUUCUAUAAAGACUGCACACACGCAAUCAUGUGUGCCAUUUUUUUAGGGUAAACAAACCGAUUAGCAGGCACCCAGACAGAUUGUCAAGAUUUUACUUGACGUGGACUCGUUUUUUCUGAAGAUUAGAUUAUUUCCAGAGAUGAGAGGUACUCGGUGUACCUGGCAAUUCACAAAUAGCCAUUGAACAAAAUUCUUUUGGUUUUUGUUUUUUUUUGUUUGUUUGUUUUAUAUGAGUUGCCUAUAUUUGCUAUUCCGAAUUUUGUAAAUAUGCAAAUCAGCUUUAUAGAUUUAUUACAGGUUUUUAAGGAUUGUUUGGGGGGGAGGAAGAAAUCGUACUUUUGAAAAUAAUUAUGAAUACAUUUACAAUUAGAAUUUGUGGUAAGAUACCUCUCAGAAAAAUUACCAAAUCUAUUUCUUUGGGGAGGGGAUAAUGAUUCAAAUGAGAGUAAAAUGCAAAUUUCACUCACUGAUUAAAAUUAGAUUUUAUUUUAAAUAUGAGAGUUUUUUUUAUGUGAAUUUAAACAGAAAUGCUUAAAGAUAGUUAUGAUAUACAGACGCUAAUGGUCUUUACCAUAAGUUAAACAGUAUCUUUUUUUUUUUUUUAAAACAUGGAGGAGGACUCUUGUGGCUGUGUACCUUGUUGAACUUAAGACUCUGUUUUCACUCGUGGAAGCAUUGAAUUUCCAGUGCAGUUUCUCUCUCGAGACUAGGAUGUUUGCUCAUGCAGUGCUGUUGGCUAAAUGACAAUUUAUGCGGAUUUUUGCAUGUAAUAUCCAGUGAGACACAGUAAUUUUAUUGAAAUUACAGUGCCACAUAGUAGUUAACCUGUUAAUACUGACUCGUUGUCUGCCUUUGAUAUCAGUGAUGUGUUGAAAACUUACCAAUAUGCAAUAUGGCUACGAAUGUGACAUGGAUGCUGUUAACCAAAGGGCAGAAAUCACAAGCAAAAUGCCAAAAGCGAUCUUAAUUAAAAAUCUAAUUUUGUUUUUAAAAUAUUGUUUUAUCA